UCAACCUCGAUUCGUCGUAAGCCAUCAAUCAACCCGUCACCUACCACAACACUCCGUCCUCAGAUUCAGUUCUCUAAAACCACCCGUAGACCCACAACAACGAGACCAAUUACCACUCCUGGACCAAAGCUGCGCCCUGUAUAUCGUAAGAAAGAUAUUGAUGAGGAGUCGCUUGCCAUACCGCUCAAACACGAGGUUGUUCGGCAAACUGCAACAGCAAAGCCUGUACCAGUUUUUCGACAUGGGACUGUUGGACAAGGCAACAUUGUUCCAUCACCGCCCGUGCCUACACCUUCAUUAUUUCAACCCAUUAUUGUGACAGCAACGCUACGAAAUCCUUCCGCUUUAAGCUGA